UGCUGCUCUUACAUGAGGAUAAAAGCUAGUUUCAGCUGACUUGGUUACACUCUGAUAGGAGGCAUCAUGGGGAGAACUGUGGUGCAAAUCACCCUCAUUGGGCUGCUGCUGGCUAUGGUGACCACACUGCCAAACAAGGAUGACUGGGACAUCUACAGCUUUCACAUCAACUCCACAGUGACCAGUCGUUAUGCCACCACUGUCAUCACAAGCCGUGUGGUCAAUCGUAUGGACGAGUCAAAGGAAAUUGAAUUCCAUGUUCGGAUUCCCAAGAAUGCCUUCAUCAGUAAAUUUAGAAUGUUCAUCGAUGGCCAGGUUUAUGACGGUGUUGUGAAAGCUAAGGAACAAGCUCAGCAGCAGUACACUGAAGCUGUGUCCCGUGGAGAAAGUGCUGGGCUUGUCAGUUCUGUAGGGAGGACCCUGGAGGAAUUUAAGACCUCUGUAACUGUGGCUGCUCACAAAAAGGUCACCUUUGAACUCACAUAUGAGGAAUUGAUGAAACGCACACAUGGCAAGUACGAGCUGCAAAUCCACGCUCGACCCAUGCAGCCUGUCAGAGACUUCAAGGUGGAUGUGUACAUUCACGAGGACGCUGGCAUCAGUUUCAUCGAUGUGAAAGGAGGACUAAGCACCAAAGCCCUCACUAAUGCCAUCACCAAAACACAUGUCGAUAAACAGGCAUGGGUGCAUUUCUAUCCAACAGUUGACCAACAGAAAAUAUGUGACAGCUGUGGAGAGCAAGGUAUGAAUGGAGAUCUGAUUAUUGUUUAUGAUGUCAACAGGGACAACGGACUGGGACACAUCAAGAAAUCUGCUGGGUACUUUGUUCAUCACUUUGCUCCAUCCAAUCUUCCCAGAAUACCAAAAAAUGUUGUCUUUGCUAUUGAUCAAAGUGGCUCAAUGGGUGGCAGAAAAAUACAGCAGACGAGGACCGCAUUAAUCCACAUUUUGAAUGACCUGGCAGAAGAUGACCACUUUGGUCUGAUCACUUUUGAUGGCAACAUUUUUCACUGGAAACAGGAACUUGUUCAGGCCAACAGUAAAAACCUGGAAAGUGCCAAAAACUUUGCACGCAACAUUAAUGCGAGAGGAUCCACAGACAUAAAUCAAGCAGUGUUGGAAGGAGCAAGUAUGCUGAAUGUGCAUAACAGAGAAGGUUCAGCAUCUAUCCUCAUACUUCUCACAGAUGGAGACCCAACCUCAGGGGAGACAAAUCUGGAAAAAAUACAGUCAAAUGUAAGAGAGGCUAUUGCAGGCAAAUUCCCAUUGUACUGUCUGGGUUUUGGUUUUGAUGUUAAUUUUGAGUUCCUUGAGAAAAUGUCGCUGCAAAAUGACGGUGUGGCACGGCGGAUUUAUGAAGACUCUGAUGCUGAUUUACAGCUGAAGGGUUUCUAUGAAGAGGUGGCCACACCUUUGCUGACAGAUGUGAUGAUGAUCUAUGUGGGCGGGACCAAUCUAACCCAGACUAACUUCAGUCAGUAUUAUAAUGGCUCUGAGAUUGUGGUGGCUGGCCAGAUCACAGACAAUGACAUUGAAACCUUCACCCCUCAAGUUGAAGCCAUAUCAAGUAAAAGAAGAGUCAUAUUCUCUAACCCUAAUGCCACCGUGGAAUCCACUGGGAGAGUGUCUGAUGACCGUAUCCAGAGGGUUUGGGCCUAUCUCACAGUUAAACAGCUUCUGGACAAAGAACUUCAGGUCUCUGGACCUGAGAAAGAAAAAGUGAAGAAGGAGGCUUUAGAGCUUUCGCUGAAGUACAGCUUUGUGACCCCUCUCACAUCUAUGGUGGUCACAAAGCCUCUGGGUGAGACCACCGACGUGCUUCAUAAACCCAAGGAAGGUGAAACACCACAGAGAUGGCAGCCCACUAGAGGUCAACCCCUUUUAACACCACAGAGAGGUCAUGGCUAUAGUGGUUAUGAUAUGUCUUACCCUGUCCAUGGCUCCAGCCCAGUUGGUGGUGCUGCUGUAUUUCCAGAUAUGUCUUACUCUAUCCGUGGCUCCAGCCCAGAUUAUGCUCGUGUGCAGUUUUCAGGUCUGUCUCCCCCUGUCCGUGGCUCCCUCCCAGUUGCUGCUGGUGCGCAGUUACCAGGUCCUCCUCCUCCUCCUCCUGACUGGGUCCCAGGGUUCUCAUUUGAUGAUGCUGUUCAAUCAGUUGACAGUGAGUCCAGGGCCCUAUCUCCUCCUGUGGUUCAUUCUAUACAUGUUGAUGGUAUAUGGCAUCGGAUGGCAACUGAUGUUCCUCCUCUCCACAGGUUUUUGCUAAAAACUGAGAAUCAGACUGUUCCACUUUGCUUUGAUGUCAGAGGAUCUUCAUACCUUAAACUACUUCACCAUCCCAGCAGGGAGCUGUUUGUGAAUGGUGAGGUUGAUUCCAUUCCAAAUGGAGGCUUCAGCAGAAUUUUUAUACACUUCAAAAUCAUCAACCAAGUUGAGAUUGACACCAGCGGGGUCACUGUACGAGAUGGACGGACAGUGACGCAUCACACUGGAGAGAAUCUCAUCACAGCUGGAAGUAUGACAGUGAUUAUGCGCAACAAGGAAAUAGAUGUUGCAGCUGGAGAUAUGCGCCUGGUCGUCUUAGUUCAUGAGAAGAAUGGCAACAAAUUACUUUGGCCAGUUGUAAGGCAACAUCCCUCAGCCAGCGACGCUGAAGGACUGUUAGCUCUUCCAGCAGUUUAUGAGGAGGUACAGCCAGGUCCGGUCACAAAACUAAAGAUUAAAAACCAGACGAUAAAUGCUUAUAGUGCCAGUGUUACUGACUACAGCAUUACCUCUCCUGUUGCAACGAACUGCUGGCACAUGUCUGCUGAGUCUGCCCUGCAGAGACCACUGGACGAUUUUUCCGUCAUACAACUUUAACUGUGAACUGUGUGAAAUUACUUUGAAAUAUUUCAUGUAAAAGAAAGAAGGCAAACAUAUGCCUUGUAUAUUGUGAUGAAGAUGAACGAAUAAAAAUUAUCCCAGAUUCCUGAA